GGAUAAGCGGCAUAGAAUUAUGAUUAACGGAUGGUUUGAAGCUAUCAGACACUAACUAAACUAAAGUGUAGAGUUGUUUAUUUUGUUCAUUGUGUGUGUGUGUAUGUGUAUUUCGUGUUGUUUUGAUUUUCACUUUUCUGUGAGUCUGUAACCGAAGUACACUCUGGUGAUACACAGUCCGGUACAGUAGGUGGCGGUAUGCACCUAAAAUGUUGGUAGCGAUCCGCCAUACACAAGAAGAAGAAGAAGGGUUUCAUUUUUCCGGUAUUGAUCAUGGCGUUCUCCUAUCGAAUGACAGACAGAGACAUCCAGCAGCUCAUUCACCUGCGGGCCACCAAUCAUGCCAUCUUCACAGGUCAAAGGAACUCGGCCAUGCAGGGUUGGAGGGCGAUCCGGAGAGAGAUGGGCCUCCAGGGAAUGCUGUCCGCUCGUCAGCUAAAAAAGAAAUGGGACAACAUGAAGGAGAAGUACCGGGCUCUCAAGAACUCUCCAGAAGGUUUACAGAACCGAACCAAUUCUUGGCGUUGGUUCCAUCUGAUGGAUGAGGCCAUGAGCGGCCGGCUGGCCGGGACCGCCAAGGUGGUGGAGCCGUCGUUGCUGGAUGACGACGAGGACGCUGUGCCUCACUUCUCUUUUGCCCAUAUGGUGACACACCCGCCUGAAUUGAAGGUGAAUGAGAGGGUCGAAGGAGUCCAAGUCCUGCAGGAUGUGUUCACCGUGGGCGUCACUGAGGUGCGCCGAGACAAUGUCAUCAGUAAAACAGAGUCCCCCGGGGAUGCCAGCACUGAGCCGCUUUGUCAGAAUGGUGUGCUGUACGCUACCUUGCUGUCAGAGGGCAUCAUGGCACACAGUGACGACAACAACAGCAUGGUGCCAAUGUCCUCCCCGAGCUGUGCCGAUGGAAGACUGCUGGAUGAGCGGCAGGAUCUGGAGAAACGCUUAAUAGAGGUAGAACGCGAUCGUGUGGAUGUGCAACGGGACCGGGCGGCAUUGCAGCGGGACCGGGCGGCAUUGGAACGGGACCGUGUUUCCAUACAACGGGACCGGGCUGCCAUAGAACGAGACAGAGUGUGUCUGGAUCGAGACAGGGCCUUUCUGGACAGAGAUAGAGCUUUUCUAGAAAGGGACAGAGCGCUUCUGGAGCAAGCCAACGCGCUGCUGAAGAGCCCGGGGGAGAUUCGGGAGAUUGAGCAAGCAUCUCCAGGGGAAGUGGAAGGGCUUUACCAGCACGUGUUAGCUGUGGAUGUGGACCCAGAACAGCUGGAGAGCACACAGAGGCUGGUUUCUUUGUUCCAGAAGCUUGUGGAUAAACUUUGAAUUUCCUGUGAUGUCACCAAUGAUAAAUAUUUCUAUUUUUCUAUUUUUU